GGUGGAUUUGAACUGCCGACCUUUUGGUUAGCACCCAAACUAUUAACCACUGCACCACCAGGACUCUUAGUUUUCAAUUAGUAGUAGACAAACCUAUAUAUUUAGUAAAGUAGACAAAAACUUAAAGGCAUUGAAUUUAAUGUUUGAUUCUGUAGGUAUUUCAAAGUCUUGCAUCCUCCAGAGUCAUUAUUGGGGCUCACUAAAACUAGUUAUUUGAUAAUAAUAGAGUUACCGUCCUAACUAUGGCUUGGAACCAUGGGUUAAAGGACAGUUCCCAGACAUGGUGCCCUGCAUGUUUAGAGGUCUGGAGAGCUACUGGCUGAUCUGUCUCAAAUGAAUGGUAUGUUUUUCCUUAGUGUGCAUUAUUUCCUAUAGUAUUUCUGUUUCUGACAGCAUAGAUGUAGAUAUAUCAUUCUUGUUCAUAAAAGCAUUGUUGGACACGAAAAUUUAGGUCAUACAAGAGAUUAUAUACAAAGGGCUAUUUGUUGAAAAAUUUCUUCUCCAGAUACCUACAUGGGUUGCUUCCUCUCUUCUUUUAGGACUCCGCUCAAGUGUCCUCUAAAUGUUGUAGAGACUUUCAUUGACCAUUGCCUUUUAUAAAAUAGAAGUCCUCCCCAGUCUUCUUAUUUUUCUUCCCUGCUUUAUUCUUCUUCAUAUUACUUAUUGCCAUCUGACAUAUAUUUGUAUGUUUACAUGUCUUCUGCAAUUAAAAUGUAAUUUUCAUGAGGUUUUUGAACUGUGAACUACCUGUAUCUGCAUUGGUUAGAAUGAUGUACACAUAGAUGUUUAAUAACUAUUUGUUUAUGAAAUGAGUGUUAAAACUGUAAUUACAGGACAAGAGAAAAAAAUCUUUGGAUUAUGUGCUUGCAUAAAGAUAUUUGGAGAAGAGAGAGAUGUUAUGAACAUAAACAGUAUAGAAACGGACUGAAAUUCUGUAAACAAAUCCUCUCUAACCCCAAAUUUGCAGAGCAUGGAGAAACUCUGGCUAUGAAAGGAUUAACGUUGAACUGUUUGGGGAAAAAGGAAGAAGCUUAUGAAUUGGUUCGUAGAGGUUUGCGAAAUGACUUGAAGAGUCAUGUGUGUUGGCAUGUUUAUGGCCUUCUCCAAAGGUCAGACAAGAAGUAUGAUGAAGCCAUUAAGUGUUACAGAAAUGCGCUAAAAUGGGAUAAAGACAAUCUUCAAAUCUUAAGGGACCUUUCUUUACUACAGAUUCAAAUGCGAGAUCUUGAGGGUUACAGGGAAACGAGAUAUCAAUUACUUCAACUUCGACCUGCACAGAGGGCAUCAUGGAUUGGCUAUGCUAUUGCUUACCAUUUAUUAGAAGAUUAUGAAAUGGCAGCAAAGAUUUUAGAAGAAUUUAGGAAAACACAACAGACAUCCCCUGAUAAAGUGGAUUAUGAAUAUAGUGAACUCCUUUUAUAUCAGAAUCAAGUUCUUCGGGAAGCAGGCCUCUAUAGAGAAGCCCUGGAACAUCUUUGUACCUAUGAAAAGCAAAUUUGUGAUAAACUUGCUGUAGAAGAAACCAAAGGGGAACUUCUGUUGCAAUUAUGUCGUUUGGAAGAUGCUGCUGAUGUUUAUAGAGGAUUACAAGAGAGAAAUCCUGAGAACUGGGCCUAUUACAAAGGCUUGGAAAAGGCUCUCAAGCCAGCUAAUAUGUUAGAAAGGCUAAAAAUUUAUGAGGAGGCCUGGACUAAAUAUCCUCGGGGACUGGUGCCAAGAAGACUGCCAUUAAACUUUUUAUCCGGUGACAAGUUUAAGGAAUGUUUGGAUAAAUUCCUAAGGAUGAAUUUCAGCAAGGGUUGUCCACCAGUCUUCAAUACUUUGAGAUCAUUAUACAAAGAUAAAGAAAAGGUGGCAAUCAUAGAAGAAUUAGUAGUAGGUUAUGAAACGUCUCUAAAAAGCUGCCGGUUAUUUAACCCCAAUGAUGAUGGAAAAGAGGAACCACCAACCACAUUACUUUGGGUCCAGUACUACUUGGCACAACAUUAUGACAAAAUUGGUCAGCCAUCUAUUGCUCUGGAAUACAUAAAUACUGCUAUUGAAAGUACACCUACAUUGAUAGAACUGUUUCUUGUGAAAGCUAAAAUCUAUAAGCAUGCUGGGAAUAUUAAAGAAGCUGCAAGGUGGAUGGAUGAGGCUCAAGCCUUGGAUACAGCAGACAGAUUUAUCAACUCCAAGUGUGCAAAAUACAUGCUAAAAGCCAAUCUAAUUAAAGAGGCUGAAGAAAUGUGCUCAAAGUUUACAAGGGAAGGAACAUCGGCGGUAGAGAAUUUGAAUGAAAUGCAGUGCAUGUGGUUCCAAACAGAAUGUGCCCAGGCUUAUAAGGCAAUGAAUAAAUUUGGUGAAGCACUUAAGAAAUGUCAUGAGAUUGAGAGACAUUUUAUAGAAAUCACUGAUGACCAGUUUGACUUUCAUACAUACUGUAUGAGGAAGAUUACCCUUAGAUCUUAUGUGGACUUAUUAAAACUAGAAGAUGUACUUCGACAGCAUCCAUUUUACUUCAAGGCUGCAAGAAUUGCUAUAGAAAUCUAUUUGAAGCUUCAUGAUAACCCCCUUACAGAUGAGAAUAAAGAACAUGAAGCUGAUACAGCAAACAUGUCUGACAAAGAGCUAAAGAAGCUACGUAAUAAACAGAGAAGAGCUCAAAAGAAGGCCCAGAUAGAAGAAGAGAAAAAAAAUGCAGAAAAAGAAAAGCAACAGAGAAACCAGAAAAAGAAGAAGGAUGAUGAUGAUGAGGAAAUUGGAGGUCCAAAAGAAGAACUUAUCCCUGAGAAGCUGGCCAAGGUUGAAACUCCAUUGGAAGAAGCUAUUAAAUUUUUAACACCGUUGAAGAACUUGGUGAAGAACAAGAUAGAAACUCAUCUUUUUGCCUUUGAGAUUUACUUUAGGAAAGAAAAGUUUCUUUUGAUGCUACAAUCAGUAAAGAGGGCAUUUGCUAUUGAUUCUAGUCAUCCGUGGCUUCAUGAGUGUAUGAUUCGCCUCUUUAGUACUGCAGUGUGUGAAAGUAAAGAUUUACCUGAUACAGUUAGAACAGUAUUAAAACAAGAAAUGAAUCGUCUUUUUGGAGCAACAAAUCCAAAGAAUUUUAAUGAAACUUUUCUGAAAAGGAAUUCUGAUUCAUUACCACACAGAUUAUCAGCUGCCAAAAUGGUAUAUUAUUUAGAUCCUUCUAGUCAGAAGCGAGCAAUAGAGUUGGCAACAACACUUGAUGAAUCCCUCAAUAACAGAAACCUCCAGACAUGUAUGGAGGUAUUAGAAGCCUUGUGUGAUGGUAGCCUAGGAGACUGUAAAGAAGCUGCUGAAGUUUAUAGAGCAAAUUGUCAUAAGCUUUUCCCUUAUGCUUUGGCUUUCAUGCCUCCUGGAUAUGAAGAGGAUAUGAAGAUCACAGUUAAUGGAGAUAGUUCUGCAGAAACUGAAGAACUGGCCAAUGAAAUUUGAACAUCAUUAAACAAGCAAAUGGAAUGAUUUUGGACCAUAUCUAGUGUAUAAUAUUUUUGUCACGCACCUGCUGCAUUGCUCUAACUUACACAGAAUGAGAGGAGUAAAUGUUCUUGCCUUCAAAUAGUGUUUUACUUUUCUUAUCCUGCUGAAAAAGUAUAUAUAAAAUAUCUAACAUAUUACAGGAUAUAGGUUCAGUUUCUUAAACAAUUAAAAGCUGCUAAAAUUGAGGGGUUAAAAAAAAGAUGUCCUAUUCCUACCUACGCAUCCAUGUUUUUAAAUUAAUUUAUAUAAAAUCUGGAGGCUGUUACAGCUAACAAAGCAGGUGUGUGGCAGAAAUAUUACUUUAAAUUUGUCUUGUGAGAUUUUACUAUAUCUCAGACAGCAUAAAUGCUGUUUCAGCACUGGAUUCUUUCACUGAGCACAAAGAGUUGUUGGGGCUUUAGCAUCUGACUGAUUUUGUUAUGGGAUUGAUUCUGACCAUAGGAAGUAUGAAAUGUGAAUCACUAUUUACAGAGAAACCUACAACAGAUGCUUGAUGUUGUAGAAACUGGGACAUAUAGAUACCAAGCAGAAUUAACUAAGAAACCUAGAGGGUGUUCAAUAUGCUUGUUGUGUUUUCAAAAUUCACUGUACAUGAUCAGUUUGGUGUUCUUGUACCACAGUUUUUAACUGAAGGAACCAGUUGGAACAAUCUCAAUUUUAACUAAAACUUGAAGAAAUAAAAAAUAACAAUGCAAACCUUUCAGCAUUGUUUUGGCCAAACUUGUUAAAACUGUAAUGCAAGAACCAAAUGCACUGUGAUGUGGCACCAACUAAUUAGCAAGCAUGAAUUUUCACCCCAGAGUGAAAAAAGAAAAUCUACCACGGCUUGAAGUUACAGAGCAGAACUCCUGGCUACCAUUCUAUGACUGAUCAAGAGACUAAUAGUUAAAAACCUCAGCAGGCCUUGUUCACGAUAUGCAGAAAAAAAAGUGCUGCAGUUUAGAUACCUCUGGAAUUUUUCCACAGUGUCACAGGUUUGUAAUACUUGAAGCCCUACAUUUCUAAGAAUAUAUUUCUUGCUCAGUUGUUUCAGGCAAGCCCAAGACUUUGUAAUUUUUAAAGGGCCCAAGAUUUUUUUUUUUCAAUAACAGACCAGCUUCUUUUUCCUGCAGUUACAGAUGUAAUUUCCUUUUUGUUGUCAAAUAUAAGGUACCAAAUAUGAUGCAAUAAAUUGUUUUGAAAAACAGUUGUGUGAAUAUUUCAACUAAUCUGUGUUGGGCUUCUGUGAAAAUACACAGGUGGAAACAGAGGUGUAAGCUAGAGGCAGUGUAAUGUGCUGUAAAGUUAACCUAUUGAUGCAUUAUGGCUAGUAGUGCAGAUAAGAGCUUUUCAGAAUGGGCUAAUGCUGGUGUCAGGGCAAUUCCAUGAUGCAAGUGCAGUGCUGCUCCUGCAUUAAGAUUUCAUUGAGGGCUAGGAUGGUGGCAGGUACUAUGAAUGUAAUUCAUGAUUUGAAAGGAAAGCUGAAAACUGCUAUUUUGGUUGAGAAAAUGAGCCUUAACAUUUUAAACCUGUACACUGAAAACUAGUCUCAGGCUCAGUGUUCUCAUUACAUUUGCAGGCUCUGAGCAAGUAAGAUGAUUGAGUAAAAACAAAUCAACUGUAUAUAUAACUGACCUUUUUCUGGUACUUUUAGUUAUAGAAAGUAUAAAGAGGGAAUUUUCAAGAGACUUUAUCCUUUUACUGACUGAACAGUUGUGCUAAAAAUCAACCUUUCAUAGUACAUGACUGUAUCCCACAUCCCAGUCUAACAAUUUAGUCAUGUAAAGAGAAGUACUAAACUGAACUCCAGUGCUUUGUUAUAUUUUAUUAACUGGCCCUGUCUCAGGAACAUCUUUACAGAUGGCAAAAAACAAAAACAAAAAAAAAAAAAACCUCUUUUUCAACU